AUGAUAAGAUUCUCCUCAGAAGAUGCAAAACGCCUAAUUUUUGAAGCUCCUGACACAACUCGUAGAACUCUCUUCGUCCUCUUAUUUACCUUUGUCUGCUUAAUAAUCCACAUCUAUUGCACUUACCUAGGUACCGCUAACUCUUGGACAUGCGAAUUAGAUAGCACUGACCCAAAGCACAAUUAUGUCUGCAAAGAACUCAUGCAGAAAGCAUCAUGCAGCACCCUCACAGGCCCUCUUAAAGCUGAAAUUCUUCUAAAUAUCAACGAUGAAGUCAAAGCAUCAGCUUUAAUAGUCUGUCCGUGGGAAAAUGCUAUAUCUGAGCUACGCAUCUGCUUUGCAUUAGGAUCAGCCCUAGUAGUCAUUAUUGGCUUAUUAUCCCUUUCUAAUGAAGACAAAAAACUUGCUGAUCUUCAUAUAAAUUCUGCGUAUUUUUUUACUUUACUUUUAGUUAUUUCCUCUACGUUUGACUUAUUUGCAGUGUCAAAUUCUAAUACAAAUAAUUAUUCCUUAUGCAAUUUAUAAUUAAUAAGGUGGUAGCAACAAAUAUUUCCUUGCUAACGACACAGCACUUGGGGCGCCAAAUGGCUUUAUAGCCUAAAUUAAGGCUUAGGCCAUUUGAUUCUGACCCUAAGCUUGCUGUAUGGUGGCUGUAGGCGUGGGUAAUCUUGGGAAUCAGCUAGUGGCCAUUCCAGUUCAGAUAUUGAUUAUCCGGAUGGCUUUGAGCCACCUUUUUUCCUGCCGAAUCCGGAGGGCUGUGGUUCUUUUUUCCUUGGUGUCACUUUUCCUCAAGAUGACUCAUAUAGGGCUGACCUUUGCCUCAUAGCACCCGCAAGACGCUCAGCACAUAGGGGUCUCCCUAGCUCGUCAAAACUCAGGGACGUAGCGCAAGUUCUUAGUCUUAGGAGAAGACUGCUGUUGAUGGACUUGCGUAGCCGAUGCUACCCCUAGCAAGCAAGGGUCCGGUUGUCGAAAGAUGCGAAUUCAUUAAAUCUUAAGCAAAUUUAAUUUAUGCAAUUUGACUAAUGAAUUUUCAGUAGAAGAUGGGAUUUCGGGAGAAUAUUUAUCGUGUACCCAUGAUAUUUAUAAUUUUACUGCAUAUUUGGGGUAUGUGGCUGCAGUGAUGCUAUUGGCAUCUUCUUAUUAUUUGAAAGGAUGGAGAGAUAAUUUAAGCUUAGAUGGCUUAUAA